AGAAAAAUACUGCAAGUAUAGAUUUGAUUUAUUCGUCACGGAAAGGUUAACAUAUCGUUUAUCAAAGAUUUUAUGACCUGUCAACUUGCUCGUCCUCGUGUGUGUGCUAUGGUACAGAAGAAAUAAUUCUUAUCCAUGUCAAACAUGGACAAGUCUUACACAGUGACGCCAUCUGACUGAAUCCUUCAUAUAAGAAAUGAUGAAAAAAUGAAGAUAGAACAUGUUUUCCUUCAACUUGAGGUGUUCCUCUUCCUUUGCAUUACUAACAACCGUGCGUGCGUGACCUAUUGAAAUGAUUUUAUCCAGUCUUGAUCAGAUAAAAAAGGCAGGAAGCAACAGUAACUGUAAGCUUCGUUGUAAUGCAAGAGAUUUCAGUCAUCCAGUGUGUGGCUCUGAUGGAAAAACAUAUCAAAGCAAGUGUCUGCUAAGAAUGGAAAAAUGUACAUCAGAAAAGAGAUUGUACAUAAAAUCAAUGGGUCGAUGUCAAACCCCAAGAUCUUGCGCAGAACACAAAAAACGUGCACUGAAAGCUAUCAGAGAACGCGAUCUCUUGCAAAUGGGAAUCUUCAUUCCAAAUUGCAAUAAAGACGGCUCGUACACCGGAGUACAAUGUACAAGAAACAAGUUUGUUUGUUGGUGUGUUGAUGUUAAUGGUGUUGAGAUUGAUAGAACAAGAAGCUCAGGAAGAAAACCUGAUUGUCGAUAUCGUCGAGGUAAUCCAAAUUUUUCCAAUGAACGAUAUAUAAGAAUGCUCAAAGGUUGCUCAAAAGAUCAUCGAAAUGCCUUCAACAAAAAAUUAUUACUUGGUUUCAAGAAAGAAUUUUCAAAAUCAUCUACCAAGAGAGGUAAAAUAACGUACAAAGUGAUUGCAGAAUGGAAGAUGAACGAGUUAGAUAUUGACAGAAACCGCUUUCUGAGUCAGAAAGAAGUGCGUGCACUUGUGAAACGAAUAAAGAAAAUCUUUACUCCUCGAAAAUGUGGCAAAACUUUUUUCCACUUCUGUGAUGAAAAUAAUGAUUUGGACAUAUCUAAGUCAGAAUGGUUCGCUUGUCUGGGAAUAAAGUUUGAGAAGCCUGGUGGGCCGAAAUGUUUUAGUCAUCGAGCAAGAGCAAAAACUGAGCAAAAACAAAAUCCAUCUUCAAUAGUGUUUGCGCCAUCUUGCAAAAAGGAUGGAACUUACACGAUUGUCCAGUGUGAAAAUGUUUCAAAAUAUUGCUGGUGUGUUCAUCCCGUCACUGGAAAAAAUAUUCCCAAUACGUCUGUCCAAAACGCCAGACCAGAUUGCUCAAGAUCUUUCCGAAGAACAAAACGACCAACUAGUUCAUCGACAAUUCUCUUAACUCCCGUGCGAAGGUCUUUUUUCAGAAUAUCAAAAAAUGAGCCUAGAAAUGAUAAAUUGUCCAUUCGUGAUGUCAAUAAGAAGAAAGUCAAAGAAUGCGACAAAUUAGCAUGGCGUAGGUUUCGUCAUGAAUUUGUCAGGAUCAUGCGUAAAGAGUUACAAAUGUUAACAGAACCUACAAGAAACUCGUCAAGCCACACAUCUCGCAACAUAUUUUUUGCGAUUAGCAGUCGUCUAUCGAAUACCAUGAUUGUAUCUUGGAAAUUUUCGAAACUUGAUGUGAAUAGAAAUAGACUGAUAAGGAUGGGAGAACUUUUCUCACCGCAAAUGAAGAAAAUCUUUGGAAAGAUAAGACGGGGUAGAAAAUGCAGCAAGAAACUUUCAACUCAAUGUGAUUUAGAUCGCAAUGGUGGGCUUUCGUUGCAUGAAUGGAAAAGAUGUCUUGUAUAAAAGUUACAUUGAAGAUAUUAAAGAAACUUCAUCACAUGUCAAUUGACUUAACUUCUUCAAUGAUUUAGUUGCAUUUGAUAUGAAUUAUAAGGUUAUUAUAAGGUUGCUAUGUAUUCUGUAAAAAAAUAUUAACGCUUUUUGUUUGUUUUUCUCUCAUAGGUCUGCCAGAAACACGAUUCAUUGAAUAAGUAGUUAGGUUUCUUGCUACAAUACUAUCAAAUUAAGUUCAUUUCAUCUGUAAUAGUUGGUUGGGAUCGCUGUUUUUGAACAGUAAAUUUGAACAGUUUUAAA